CUGAUCACUGUGCAAUAGCUGUCUCUUUUGCUACUUUGACACAAUGAAAUGUAAAUUGUAAAAUAGCUGACAUCUUGGUGUCGUAAAGGCGAAGGUUUUGUGUUGUUUUAAUAGUUCAACUUAUCUAUGAUGGGAGUGCUUUUCUAAGGGAGUUCAUUACGCUUCCUGCAAUGGCUCCACGUAUAUCAGUGGCUGCAGCUAUAUUCCCCUGAGAGUUGUUUCCUCCGAGCGCUGGCAGAACCUGUGAGCAUAGACGGUUAUAAACUGAGCUAUCUAUGUAGCAGUAAAACAUGGACGGAUGGACCUCUGUCGUUAUUUCGGAAAAUGACCGCUCCAUCUCCGAGGGUGAGUACAUGCUAGGGCACGGACUUGGAGGUGAGACCCGGAAAGCGGCGGACGGAGAGCCGCGGAAUGCGGCAGCGAGGAUGGAGGACAUGGGCGCAGAAGCAGCAGCAUCGGUGGGGUUCGGGAUUAGUGGAAUAGGGGAAGGAAAAAUGGUUUUGGGUCGAGUCGGGUCGAGAGAGGACAAAGAGCACAGGUAUCUGCACCUUUUGUGGGAACCGGGGCGAGGUGAGCUCGCUCCGGGUGGUGUGGCGAGCAGGCUGGGGAAGAUAGCGGGGAGCAGAGCCAGGAGACACCAGCGAGCCGUGCGGAACCUUGGUCCUAUGGGGAAAGACAUUUACGCUGCUAAAAGAAUGAGGGAAGCUGCCAACAGCAAUGAUAUAGACACAGUGCGAAAGCUCCUGCAGGAUGACAUAGACCCCUGUGCUGCAGAUGACAAGGGCAGGACAGCUCUUCACUUCUCAUCCUGCAAUGGCAAUGAUGGCAUCGUGCAGCUGUUGUUGAGUUAUGGUGCUGACCCCAACCAGAGAGACAGCCUGGGAAAUACCCCUCUGCACCUGGCGGCCUGCACCAACCACGUGCCUGUAAUCACCACAUUGCUGAGAGGAGGAGCUCGCGUGGAUGCCCUUGACCGAGCAGGCCGGACCCCGCUGCAUCUAGCCCGCUCCAAACUUAACAUUUUGCAGGAAGGAGAAUCACGCAGCUUGGAGACCCUCAGAGGAGAAGUCACUCAGAUAAUUCAAAUGCUCAGAGAGUACCUGAACCUAAUGGGCCAAAGUGAAGCGAAAGAGAGACUGGAGCACAUUUCAACGCAGCUGCAACACACACGCACCAGAGAGCAGGUGGAUGAGGUGACUGAUUUGCUGGCUAGUUUUACAUCACUUAGUCUACAGAAACAGAACCUGGAUGCUAGGUAGAAGAUUAACUGAACACAGAGCUGACCUCCAGCUCCUUUUUAAAACUGCCAAGGCUCUAAUUGUCUGUGUACAUCCAUAAGGGCACAGGUCUAACAUCAGAUCGGGAUUGGCUGUCA